UGAACCCCCCAUUCCCCAGCUUUAUUGACAGAAGAAAAGCCCGUGAACUCCCUUAAAUUCUCCUCUCCCUUCUCCUCUUCCAGCUAAAAAACCAAACAGCUAACCUCCUCCCCCGCAUUCAUCAUUCCCUCUCCUUCCCUUUUCUUUUUCUUUAUCACAAUGCCUAGCUUCCAAUGCGUAAUCUCCAUUGCUCUUCUCUUUAUCCUUCUCAGCCCUGGCAGAGUCGUCUGCCACACGAAGGGUCUCCGGCCGGGGCGGCGGCAAGCAUCGAAGGAGUAUUCGGAGAAUGCAACGCAGAGCCAGUUGAUAGAGAAGCAAUUCAUGAGGUGGGUUAGAUAUGUCGGCGGCCUCCGGCAUUCAGUCUAUAAGAAGGCACUGAAUAAGGUCAUUCCUUCCUACACGCUGACGGUGGACAAGAACCCAUCAAAAGGCGACUUCACAUCGAUCCAGAACGCCAUCGAUUCACUUCCUUCUGUCAAUCUAGUUAGAGUUGUGAUCAAGGUCCAUGCCGGCAUUUACAAAGAGAAGGUAAACAUAUCACCAGCAAGAGCUUUCAUCACCAUAGAAGGGGCAGGAGCAGAUGAGACGGUGGUUCAAUGGGGAGACACAGCCGACACGCCUGGGCCGAAAGGCCAGCCCAUGGGGACCUUCAAUUCAGCUACAUUCGCCGUGAAUGCCCCUUAUUUCAUAGCAAAGAACAUUACCUUCAAGAACACCACCCCGAUUCCACCACCAGGGGCCAUGGGCAAGCAAGCAGUAGCAUUAAGGAUAUCGGGCGACACUGCAGCGAUUCUGGGCUGCAAGUUCCUGGGCGGCCAGGACACGCUCUAUGACCACGUCGGCCGGCAUUACUACAAGGACUGCUACAUUGAAGGCUCCGUGGACUUCAUCUUUGGAAAUGCUCUCUCCCUGUUUGAGGGGUGUCAUGUGCACGCUAUAGCUCAGAACUAUGGAGCCGUGACGGCGCAGAACCGGAUGAGCCUAUUGGAGGACACGGGGUUCUCGUUCGUGAACUGCAAGGUGACCGGCUCCGGCGCGCUCUACUUGGGCAGGGCAUGGGGGACCUUCUCCCGGGUGGUGUUUGCCUACACAUACAUGGACGACAUCAUAAUUCCCAGGGGCUGGUACAACUGGGGGGACCCCAGCCGAGAGAUGACGGUUUUCUACGGCCAAUACAAGUGCAGCGGCCCUGGAGCCAACUACGUUGGAAGGGUUUCAUGGUCAAGGGAGCUCACAGAGGAGGAAGCCAAGCCUUUUAUUUCCUUGAGCUUCAUAGAUGGAACCGAAUGGAUCAAACUGUGAUUCUAUUCUAACAUCAAGAACGAAGAUUCUGAUGCCCCCUCAUCACUUUGUUCUCUUCACUUGAAAAUAUUUCGAAUCAAAAGAAUAAUGUGAUUCUCUUGCCAGUAAAAAGUGACAUUUCUUUCUCUGGUA